AUGAAGACUUUGCAUUCUCCGGAUAGAGCAGACAAGGUCGACAUGCCGGGACCUGGAGGCAUGAUGUUAGCCGGGACAAAUGGAGAUCUGCACAAAGGAAACGGCCGGCACCAGGAGAUAGCUGAUGGUAUGGACGAUGACACUUUGGGCAAGGCCAGAAAAGCCGCAAAAGUUCAUUUGUAUGCACUGAGAGACCACGUGGAGCAAGCGAUGGAGGCUUUCGAGAGGCUUGAGAGUGUCGUCUUCCUGGCUGCCGAGACAGUGAAGGCAGACCGCCGCGCCCUGAUGGAAGACAGAAUAGCAGCCGCCAGCGAGCGACACAAGGCAGAGGCCGAGCUCGCUACGAAGCAGGACCAGAUUCGGAGGGAGCAGGAGGAGCUGCGGCAAGCUCGCGAGCAGCUUGAGCAAGAGAGAAGGCAGCUGAAACAGCAGCUUCGGCAGACGCAGGUGCAUACUCCAGCAGAGAGUCAGACCAUGACACCGCCAAAGGCGCCCGUGGUCGAGGAUCAAGGUGUAGUACCGAGCAAGGCAUCGUCUGCCUGCAACGCAGGGUCCUGGAGCCCCGCCCAGGUCUUAGCAACAUCAGGACGAGUCAUCGUCUUUGGUGGUUUCGACGGUUCGGCCGAUCAUCGCAGCACCGAGAUCCUGGACACCGCCAGCAUGACCUUCUCCAUGGGGCCGACAAUGGGCGUCGGCCGCAGCGGCUGUGCCGUUGCAUCGUUGGACGAGAGAAGAGUCUUGGUGGCUGGCGGCUUCGAUGGCUCCAGGAGCCUUGACACCACCGAACUAGUGGAUCCAGUGACGCUGAAGGUCAGUGCUGGUCCGAGAAUGGGCACCAGGCGCAAUGCAUGCGCUGCAGUGAGACUGGAUGCGAAACGACUGCUGGUCAUCGGUGGUUCGGAUGAUGCCAGCGAGCUGGACUCUACCGAGGUGCUCGAUCUGGAGAAGAUGACCUUCUCCAGUGGACCUAGGAUGGGAACCCGUCGCAAUGCCUGCGCUGCUUCCCUGAUCGACAGCCAGCGCUUGCUCGUAAUUGGCGGUUCCGACGGCGGCAGCGAUCUGGACAGCACUGAGCUGCUGGAUCUGGGUUCAAUGACUUUCUCUGCUGGACCCCGGAUGAGCACUCGCAGAAACUUCUGCGCGACUGCGCUCCUCCAGCCGGGCACAAGUACGGCGCCGAGGGGCUUGCUACUGGUCCUGGGCGGCUCUGAUGGUUCGAGCAGUUUGGACAGCACCGAGGUGCUUGACGUUUCGAAGAUGUCCUUCCAGCCGGGCCCAAACAUGGGCACCUGGCGAAGCGGCUGCGCAGCCGCGACUCUGAGCUCCGAGCAGCUGCUGGUGGUGGGCGGCUUUGAUGGCUCCAACCACCUGGACAGCACGGAGGUCUUGGACGUGAAGCACAUGUCUUUCACGUUGGGGCCACGCCUGAGCACUUGGCGGAGUGGUUGUGCUUCAGCCCCUUGCUGA